GUGUUUGUCGCAUCUCUACUCGCUAGAACAGGUACUGUCAAACGUAAAAAAUCGAUGUGGUCCUCAAUUUGCAUUUUUCAUCGUGGGAGUUUCUAUAUAAAUUCUAUUUUAUUAAUUAUAGAAAUAUAGUUAAUAAUAUCUUAAAAAAGAAAAGUAACAUUAAAAGUAAAAAAGAAAUACAAAGAGUGUGGUUUAAUAGAAGUGUUAGAUAGUUUUCCCAAAGUCCACUGAUAUUACACUACAUACACACACGUUUGCUUUGUAACUCGCUAAUUAAUUGAGGAAAUUUUUAGCAGCAGCCAUAAUGAAUAUGGAUAGACGUUCACGUAGCAUAUCCCCAGGUAAUCGCCGGCAUCGCAAUGGCGGCAACAUGGCUGGUGGAGGCCCGCGACGAGACUACCGUCGCUACAGUCGUUCCCGAUCGCGCUCAAGAUCGCGUGAGCGUAGCCGUGACCAAAAUUUUCGUCGCCGCAAUACCCGCUCUAGAUCGCGUGAUCGUAUGGGCCCACAUAGACGUGGGGGUAGCGUUGAAAAAGAUUUAUAUCGCGAUUUAAUAUAUGAUGAUUAUCAAGAGGAUAAAAGUUAUAAUAAUCGUGGGCAUCGUGGUCGUGGUGGUGGUGGUGGUGGUGGUGGCGGCAUUGAUGAUGACUAUGCUGACGAACGUGAUCGGUUUUGGAACGAACGGGCCAGGGAUAAAGGACGCGAUUAUGAACGUGAAAGAGACCGUGAGCGUGAUUAUGAUCGGGAUCGUGAUAGAAGGGAUAAUCGCCACAAUCGUUAUGCUCGACGUUACGAGAAUGAUCACGAGAGUGAUGACAGCGAUGAGAGUUUGCAUACUCACUUCUACAACAAAACACCUUCCAAUACUAUAAUCGUGCUUGGUUUACAGUCGCAUAUAACAGAAGCUGAUCUAAUGAGCAUUCUAAUACAACAAGGGAUGACCGCCUCGAUUCGUCUUAUACGCAAACGUCAAACAGGUGCAUCACGAGGUUUCGCAUUCGUCGAGUUUAGUACCAUUGAUGAAGCUGCACGUUGGAUGGAGCUAACCCAGGGCUCACUGCAAUUGCCGGAUCAUUCGUGUGCCAAUCUACAAUAUAGCGUUUCACCCAAACAAAAGGUGAAUGUCACUGACUGGCAUUGCUUCAAGUGUGGCGUUCUGAAUUUCAAACGACGCGAUAUCUGCUUUAAGUGCUAUGCAUCGCGUGGUGAUAGUGAAAAAAUCGGCGAGGGUAGCGAAGAAGUUAGCAACAUCCUAACGAAAAAGAUCAUGUUACGCAAUUUGGAUACUCUAACUACGGAGGAGACCGUACUCACCGCCAUGCAACAGCACGUGCCGGAAUUGGCUGGUAAAAUAACGAAAAUACUCGUUAGUCGUGAUACAUUAACGCAGACGUCACGUGGCAUUUGUUACUUGAAUUUCGAUAGCCUGAUUGACUCGAUGAAUUUGUAUAGUGCGUUGAAAGCGUUGGAUCCGCCAUUGACCAUUGAUGGUCGACAAUUACUCAUCACCUAUUGCAUAGAUCACGAAAAUCGCCAAAUAGUACCGAAGAAAAAUGAUUCCGUAACGAGUUCUUCUGCAACCGUUACAAUUGGUCCAAUGACGGCUGCUGAAAUGAUGGCCGCUUCCGGUUCCCUAGGAGCUGCUGGAGCGGAGUACACGCUGGCCGACGUGCCACGUCUGGCCGAAUAUAGUGCCGCAUUGUAUGCGUCGACGCCGGCGGAGCAUGCUCACUAUUUGCAAUACUAUACAGAGUAUUACAUAGGUGAAAUAAAUAAAGGCCAUUAUGGCAACUUGCCCUCUGUCCAAGUAGAAGAAACGUCAGCGAAUUCGGCGGCUGCUGUGGCGCUCUCUGCCAUACAACGAAAGCAGAAGAAAAUGAAUAGCAUUGAGACGACAGCAACGCAAGCAGCAGCAGCUGCAGCUGCCGCAGCGGCGGCGGUGAAAGCAAGUUUAGCGCUAAAGAGCGUUGUUACUCCGAAAGGAAAUGAUGGCAAAACUUAUCCUACCCCCGAUGUUACACUGUAUCAGUACGAUGAAACUUCAGGCUAUUAUUAUGAUCCUACAACGGGGCUAUACUACGAUGCACACUCACAAUAUUAUUACAAUAGUGAAACUGGCGCAUACCUUUAUUGGGAUCAGCGGAAAAGCACUUAUGUGCUGGCCACACCCGCAGCCGCUGCAGCCACCGUGCAGGAUGUAGUAAAGAGCGAAACAGGUGAAGAUGGUAAGGCGGGUAAUUCAGCUGCUGGUAGCGCAGCUGCUACGGCGACGGCUGCCAAUGAGGAUGAAAAGAAAGAAAAGAAGGACUCAACGAAUAAACAUGAUAAGGUGAAGGUUGCCAAAAAAAUAGUUAAGGAUAUGGAAAAGUGGGCUAAGCAAUUGAAUCAAAAGAAAGAUUAUACAGUAGUUGCAACGCCACAGCCUAUAUUGCCUUCGAAAUCGGACGAUGCGCCGACUCGAGCUGCGGGUGCAGGCGCUGGUAGCUCCGGACACUUAUCCAGUGGUUAUGCUGAUGUGGGCUUUUCAAUAUUGGAGAAGAAGGAACGUACAAAAUUAGUGGAUUAUAUGCCAACGCCGGCGAUUGCCAACAAACUAACAGCUUAUGCCUCUGAUUCAGAUGAGGAACACGCCGCACUAGGGCCAUCAACAUCAGCAGGUGGCUCUAAUGAGGCGAGUGAAAAGGACUAUGUCGACUUUCAGAAACUGACAUGUCUGCUAUGCAAGCGCGCAUUUCAGUCGUUGGAAAUUUUGCAAAAGCAUUUAAAAAUUUCAAAUUUGCAUAAGGAGAAUUUGCAAAAAUUCCAAUUGGCGCGUGGUGCAAGUGGCGGUGGGGACUCUAUGAGUGUAGCUUUGUCUAAUUACCGCGAUCGCGCCAAAGAGCGCCGUCAAAAGUAUGGUGAAAGCGAUCCACCUGUUACGAAUCGCAGCCGUGAGCGGUUCGAAAUGGAAAUGAAGUCAGUGGCAGCACGCCAACCCGAAGCGCCGCCUAUGCCGAUAGGUUCUAACAAUGUUGGCAAUCGGUUACUGCAAAAAAUGGGCUGGUCUGAGGGACAAGGUCUAGGUCGCAAAAAUCAAGGACGCACAAGCAUCAUAGAGGCUGAAGCACGUUCGUCUACAGUUGGCUUGGGCAACAAAUCUGGCAUCACACCCGGGGAAGACUACAAAACUUACAUAAAGAAAAUGAUGAAAUCUCGCUAUGAAUCAGCCUGAUUCAUUUGUUAGUUUAAGCAUUUAUUUUGAAUAUAAGUGUAGCAUAGUUUUACGUGAUUUUUAACAAAUAAAUUUCAAUGAUAUCAGACAAA